AUGUCCUACUCCAACGAGUCCUGCGGCAUCAGCUGCCCCCAGCCCAUCGCCGAGAGCUCCAACGAGCCGUGUGUGCAGCAGUGCCCUGACUCCAGAGCCCUGAUCCUGCCCCCACCAGUGGUGGUGACCAUCCCGGGCCCCGUGCUCAGCACCUUCCCCCAGGAGAGCGUUGUGGGAUCGUCGGGCCCAGCCUUGCCGGGACGUUCCUUCAGUUCCCGCAGCUCCCAGGGCUACGGGGGCUCCUUUGGGCUGGGAGGUUCUGGGGGUUAUGGGGGCCCCCUGGCCUUGGGGGGCUCCUCUGGCUAUGGGGGCUCCUUUGGGUCUGGAGGUUAUGGGGGCUCCCUGGGCUAUGGGGGCUCCUUUGGGUCUGGAGGUUAUGGGAGCUCCCUGGGCUAUGGGGGCUAUGGGAGCUCCCGGGGCUAUGGGGGUUUCUCAGGCUAUGGGGGCUCCCUCGGGGGCUAUGGGGGCUCCCGGGGCUAUGGGGGCUCCUUUGGCCUGGGAAGCUGUGGAGGCUUUGGGGGCUUCCAGGGCUAUGGGGGCUCCCAGGGCUAUGGGGGCUCCCUUGGCUACAGCCGUUCCCUGGGUUAUGGAGGUGACACCGGCUAUGGGGGCUCCUUUGGGGGCUAUGGGAGCUCCUUUGGGGGCUAUGGGGGCUCCCUGGGCUAUGGGGGCUCCCUUGGGGGCUAUGGGGGCUCCUUUGGCAAUUGCGGGAGGUCCUACAGCUCCGGCUUCUCCUCACGGGGCCUGGGCUAUUCCCUGCCUGGCUCCCAGAGAUGGAGCAGGUCCCGCCGCGGGAGCUGUGGGGUUUUCUAA